ACCAAAUAAUUUAAUUUAAUUAAAGCAUGUUGCGUAUGAGGAGGAAGCCAAUAGAGUCAAAUACAUUCAAUUUCAAAUCAAAACCAUUUCAAGUCUUCAGCAGAAAUGUACAGCUACACCUCAAAAGCUACGUAAUUCGUUAAAAACUGUGAACUGCGCUGAAGUAAAUAAAAGAGAGACGUUUAAAUACAUGCCGACCGUGGAACUCCUUCCUAAAGAUGAAUAUUUAUCACAGAUUUGAAAAUAAAAUACAAACCGGAGACCGCGGAGAACAUGGGAAAUAGCGCCCCCUUCAUUUCCGGAAUGCAAUGGUCCCAUUUCCAAAUAAGGUAUGAGACUGACAGUGGUCCGUCCCCGCCCUUUCCGGUUCUCACCUUGAGCCCUCUAGCUCCCCCCAGUGAUCACAUGCAGGUAUGGCAGUUGACCGCCACUCAAACGGGCCAAUCAGAGUUCAGCUGGGACCGCCGCCUGCAUGGUUAACCGUCAGAGGAAACGUUGAUUUAAAGUUCGUGUUUUACGCGGAAAAUAGACUAUAUUAGCCAAUUUUUGUCAAUCUUCCAAACGGUGAGUGAGUUAACUCUGAAUUUAUUUAUGGUUGGCAGUAAAACACAUUUGUGGUCAUCUGUUUAUUUAGUUAAUCAGUCAAUUGUUUAAGUGGCUACAUCUUGGAAGCUAAUUGUCAAAUUUAGCUAGUAUGGAUAUUUAAUCUGCUUAUUUUGGGUGUGUGUUUAAAUAUUCUUGUAUAUUUAAAUGUAUUUUUGUUACAAAGCUAAUCUGUAAAUGUUCUCAGUCAGACACUGUGGUAAAAUGGGAAGAGAAAGUGACGCUAAAGGAGAUGCGAAGUUGAAGCAGAAAGGGACGAAGCUGAAGCGGUUGAGUGACCGUGAGAAUGCCGGUUCCGGUGGAGAUCUGAUGAAGAAAAGGUCAACAAAGUCCAAAGAGAAGAAGAACAAUGACAGGCCUCCUAAGAAGGUCAGGGAAAUCCUGGAGCCAGUCAGCAGCUCCAGUGAUUUGAUGAAACUCGAGCUGCAGGACGACUUGACUGAGAAGAAGAAGAAAGGAUUGAAAAGGAAACGUGUGAAAGACGAGCCGAUAGAGGAAGCAGCUGCAUCCUUCUCAGAGAGAGGAAUCAAGCCCCUCAGUGAAGAAGACGCAAGUGAAGAAGAAGCUCAGAAAAAAGAAUCCAAGAAGAAACCCAGAAAGACGGUCAAGAAAGAGGAAGGAGAGCAGCCAGUCACCAAAAAACCCAGGAGGUCAAAGGAGGAGAUCGAAGAAGCCAAAAUGCUGAAGACGAAGAAGAAGGAAGAGGAGGAGCAGAACCGCUGGAGAUGGUGGGAGGAAGAGCGGUACGAAGACGGAGUGAAAUGGAAGUCCUUGGAGCACAACGGACCUUACUUCCCUCCAGAGUACCAGCCUCUUCCUGACGACGUUAACUUCUUCUACAACGGUAAGAAGAUGAAGCUGAGCCUGGCAGCAGAGGAGGUGGCGCUUUUCUUUGCCCAGAUGUUGGACCAUGAAUACACAACCAAGAAGGUGUUUCGUGAGAACUUCUUCAAAGACUGGAGGAAGGAGAUGACCCGUCAGGAGCGGUUAGUGAUCACAGAUCUGGAGAAGUGUGACUUCAGAGAACUCCACGCCUUCCAUAAAGACAAGGUGGAAGCCAGGAAGGCUCUGAGCAAAGAGGAGAAGCAGGAUCAGAAAGAUGCCAAUCAGAAGAUCGUGGAUAAAUAUGGCUACUGCCUGCUGGAUAGCCACAGAGAACGCAUCGGGAAUUUUAAGUUGGAGCCUCCAGGUCUGUUCCGAGGGAGAGGAGAGCAUCCCAAGCAGGGAAUGCUGAAGAAACGGAUCCAACCGGAAGAUGUCAUCAUCAACUGCAGCAAAGAGGCCACGCCACCUGCGCCCCCUGCUGGUCACCACUGGAAGGAAGUACGGCACGACAACACCGUUACGUGGCUGGCCAGCUGGACCGAGAACGUCCAGGGAUCCAUUAAGUACAUUAUGCUCAACGCCAACUCCAAACUGAAGGGAGAGAAGGACUGGGAGAAAUACGAGGUUGCUCGGAAGCUCAAGUCGUGCGUGGACAGCAUCCGGGACGGUUACCUCCGCGACCUCAAGUCCAAGCAGAUGGUGGCGAGGCAGAGAGCCGUGGCCCUGUACUUCAUAGACAAGCUCGCCCUGAGAGCGGGAAACGAGAAGGAGGAGGGCGAGACGGCGGACACGGUCGGCUGCUGCUCGCUGCGCGUCGAGCACAUCACGCUCCACGACGAGCUGGACGGCAGCGAGUGCGUGGUGGAGUUCGACUUCCUGGGGAAAGACUCCAUCCGCUACUACAACAAGGUGCCGGUCAUCAAGAAGGUUUUCAAGAAUAUUAAGCUUUUCAUGGAGAGCAAGGAUCCUGGAGACGAACUCUUCGACCGUCUAAAUACGGCCCUCCUGAACAAACACCUGAGCUCUCUGAUGCCGGACCUGACUGCCAAGGUGUUCAGGACGUACAACGCCUCCAUCACCCUGCAGCAGCAGCUGCGGCAGCUAACCAACAAGUCUGACAACGUGGCGGAGAAGCUGCUGUCCUACAACAGAGCCAACAGAGCCGUCGCUAUUCUCUGCAACCACCAGCGGGCGCCGCCAAAAACCUUCGAACAGUCGAUGGCCAACCUGCACUCCAAGAUUGUUGCUAGAAAGGAGCAGCUGGCUCUAGCCAAGACGGAACUGAAACUGGCCAAGAAGGAAAUGAAAACCAAAGACGGUCCGGACAGCAAGCUGCAGAGCAUGGUGGACAGGAAGGCGGCGGCGGUGAAGCGCUGUGAGGACCAGCUGCUGAAGAUGGAGCUCCAGGCGACGGACAGAGAGGAGAACAAGCAGAUCGCACUCGGUACCUCCAAGCUCAACUACCUGGACCCGCGGAUCAGCGUGGCCUGGUGUAAGAACAUGGACGUACCCAUAGAAAAGAUCUACAAUAAAACCCAGCGGGAGAAGUUCGCCUGGGCCAUCGACAUGACGGAGGCUGACUUUGAGUUCUGACCCGGAACCAGAACCCGACCCGGACCGAUUGCUUUAUUAAUAUUCAGUACUUUAUCAUCCUGUUUCUGGUUUGUUGCGCUGUAGAUGAAGUGAUCAAGCUUUGCCUCAAUGUUGCUUCAAUGCUAAUUUGUUUGCUUUUGGCACUUAAUUUCAAUAACUGCUGUUGAUUGUUGUACAUUUGAUUUGAAUUAGUCUCAAUAAAGGCUCAUAAUUUGCAUGAAAAAUGUAAAUAAA